AUGCCUAUCACUACGACAACUACGAAGACCAUGACUCGCACCAGGCACUCUUGGACCAAGAGCUUUGGCGUCACCACUAAGACUGUCGAAGCCACGUGCACUACCCCGGCCCACGUGGGCAAGCCUGACAAGCCUUGCGAGUACUCGCCCACCAAAGUUCACGCGGCGGCUAUCGAGACACCUACCACCAUCCCGAAAUUCCACCGCUGGGUUCGCAAGGGCGACCGCGAAGUCGAUUACGAAUGGGCGCGUGCCCGCGUCGAGGCCGCAAAGCAGAGACGUGCGGAGAAGGCUGGACAGGUUCAGCGCCGCGCUCCUGAUGCUCCCACGACAACUGUCACUUACGAGACUCCUGUCGCAGUACUCGCUACUGUGACUGCACCAGCUAUCACCACUACUGAGAGUGUUCUUCUCACAGAGUCCGCUACAGAGACGCUUCCUCCUCCCACUGUUCUUUCCGGCCUCCUCACCUCAACUACCACGCUACCGACUCCUACUAAGACCAAGUCCAAGUUUGCCUUUACUACUACGACCGAGGUCAUUACAUUCGGCCACGUAUGGACUACGACAACGACGGUACUUCCUACCUCGUCAGUAAGUGCAUGCAAGAAGCACGGUGGGCAUUUUUGGUGGAUCUAG